AUGUCUACUCAAAAAUAUAAUAACAAAGGCAAAAUACGCCUUCAUCAACCCCCAACAAAUAUAGACAUUUUAUAUACGGUACUAAACACUGUACCAAAUGAUAUAAUAACACUAAGAGUUAGGUUAUUAAGACCUCUUUUAAUAAGCUACGCUCUUGGGGGAGAUCUUAGGGCAUUAAUCAUUCUGAACAAAUCUUUGCUCAACCUCCGCAUAAACAAGAGAGUUGCCAUAUCCCACUCUCAUCAGCUGAGUGAUCGCGAAGCGAAGAAGACGAUGACUUGCGGCGCGGGGGACGGCGGGAAAUUACAGCGCGCUCCCGCUGCUCGGGGUUGA